GGUGUUUGAAGAGGCUUCUUUGUGUACAAAAAUAGCCGCUUUUAACAACUCGACUCGGACUUUGGUAAUUAUAUUGCGUUAUUAAUGUUUGAAGUCUAAUGUAUUAGUGUUUGCUUUGGUCCAGUCAUUAGAAUCUUCUGGUAGUGGCCUGUUUAGGGUGAAAACCGAUAAUCAUAAUUCAUAAACCCACACCUACUCACGAGAAAACCCCAGACCCAAGCAGAGGAAAUGGUGAUAGGGCUUAGGCAGUUCAUGGCAAGAGUUGGCAACGGAGCCGGAGAGCCCGUUCUCGAUACAGAUAAUGGCGAGGAGCUUGUUCACGUCCAGCCUUCCGUCUCCAUCGCACUUGGGAAUCGUGCCCCGGAAUCCCCUGGCACUCUCUACAUCACCACCAAGCAAGUGAUUUGGCUGAGUGAUGUGGACAGCGCAAAGGGCUACGCUGUUGAUUUUUUUUCUCUGUCGCUUCACGCUGUUUCAAGGGACCCGGAGGCCUACCAUUCUCCUUGUAUUUACACUCAGAUUGAAACUGGAGCUGAUGAAGAUGUGUCUGAGGACUCAGAUUCAGAAUGUAAUGAGGUUUUAGAUUUAUCCAAGGUCACCGAGAUGAGGCUUAUUCCUUCAGAUGCUAGCCAAUUGGACACUCUGUUUCAGAUGUUCUGUGAGUGUGCUGAGUUAAAUCCAGAGCCUAUUGAAGAAGGAGAAGAAGAAGGACCAAAUUGGGUUUUUGGUGCUGAUCAGUUGGAAGAUGAAGCUGGAGAGGGUGAUGAUUCGGAAUGGCAUUUCCCCCAGAAUCCAACAAACUCAAUUGGUCAUUCAAAUGGUGAUCAUGAUCUAGCUCGCACAGUGCUUGAGCUUCAAAUCAAUGAUCAACGCUUUGAGGAUGCGGAAGAGAUGGAACAAGUUAGUGAUAGCAGUCAUCAUCAUCAACAUCAUCAGUGAGCUCCCAUGUGACUGUCGUGUUACAGGAAAUUCAGCAUAUGGCAAGAGUGAACAUAAUUCUAGUGUUGCUUUUAACUGAUUUUGCUCCAUGCCCAAACUUUGUUGUAUAUACUUGAUCACUUGAACAAGUUGACAUUGUUUUCUUUUAAAGAAACUUUUUAAAAUUAUUUUGUUCUUCGUUUUGUUAUUCAUGUAUCAGAUAGUGCUCGUAGAAGCUCAGGUUAUGAUACGUUCAUAUAUGUAGUAUAGUGGAGUUUGGCAACAUUCUGUUGGCGACA